AUGUCUGAAUACAAUGCCACGAAGAUCUUUGUCGUUGGCGGCACCGGUGCCCAGGGCAUUCCAGUCAUCCGGGGCCUAGUCAAGGACAAGAAGUACGCAUGUCGGGUCCUCACGCGUGAUGCAAACUCUGCUCGAGCACAGCAACUUCUCGCUCUGGGAAACGUUGAGCUAGUCACGGGCAGCUUCGCAUCAGAGCAAGACCUCCGCAACGGCUUUCGUGGGUGCGAUGGAGCAUUUGUGAACAUCGACGGAUUCAAUUGUGGCGAGAAGACAGAGAUCUACUGGACGAUCCGUGCCUACGAGCUUGCCCUGGAAGAAGGCAUCAGAUUCUACGUCCAUGGAAACCUCGACUACACCUACAAGAAGAGCGGCUACGAUCCCAAGUUCCGUACCGGCCACUAUGACGCCAAAGGACGCAUCAGCGAAUGGAUCCUCGCCCAGACCAAGGAUAAUCAACACCGCAUGGGCGCCGCCAGCUUCACAACGGGACCAUAUAUCGAAAUGGCCAUCGCUUCCCGCACCAUUUUCACGCCUGUUAUUGAAGACGGAGUAGUGACGUGGCGUGUGCCCCUUGGUGAAAGAGGGGGAGGCGUGGUGCACGUGGCCCUCGAUGACUGCGAGUACUACGUCCGCUGGAUGUUCGACAAUCCGAUGCGCAUCAACGGUCGGGAUCUCGAGGUGGCAGUCGAGCACGUUAGCUACCUUGAACUCGCAAAGGCCUUUGAGAAGGUGACGGGCCAUCCUGCUCGGUACAUCAACACAAGCCUCGCGGACUAUUGGUCUACAGGCAUCAUGGCGGUCGCAGCCAAGUCAGCCUCGGGCUACAACUCGGAUCUGAACGACCCGGCAGCGAUGACGUUCGAACAGAACUUUACAGGAUUCUUCAACACCUGGAAGUAUUCGUGGGGCAACAACGAGCAAGCCGUGAUCAAGCGGGACUACAAGCUACUGGACGAGAUUCACCCCGAACGAAUCAAAUCUGUGGAGGAGUGGUUCCGCAUCGAGGAAGAGAAGGGCAAGAAGUUGGGGAAGGGCGGGUUGUGGGACAGAGUGCAGACGGCAAACCUCAGACCGAUCCUGAAACUUGGGGAGGACGGAAGGAGAGGCCGGCUGUAA